AUGAACACAGUUGCUACAGUAAUUGCUGUGCUGGGAGUCUUUUGGACUCAAGCUUUUUCAUAUGAAAUCUAUAGCCUCCCAGGAACAAACGGUGACUAUGUCCAGCAAACCGUGACUAUUAGCAAUGAACUUCAUAUUGCUGAUAUCCAUGUCCAUGCUGGGUUGUGCUCCUCUGAUACCAUUUUUGACUACAAACAUGGAUACAUUGCUACCAGGCUGUUUUCCCGGAGGGCCUGCUUUAUCUUGAAAAUGGAGAAAGGAUAUAUCCCAGAGCUGAAAGAAAUUGGACGGCUUGCUUACGAGAAACAGAUGAUGAACAAGAUGUUUUCCCCAAAACGCCUGUGGGUGCAAUAUGAACCCAGUGAUUCUAUAUUUGGUGAAAUCAAGGAGUGGUUGAUCUUUGGUAAACCCAUUGAGAAACUCUGCAAAGGUGUGCCUGUCUACAAGGUUCGCAAGGUUGAAGGUGAGUAAUAAGACUGAAACCAAAUUCUUUAGAAGGCGCUGAGUCUUAAAGAAGCUAAUUUUCCUAGUUCUAUCUCUGGUUCUGAUGUGAGCCAUAGUUCCUGAGCACCUCACAAUCUUUAGCAUAUUUCCUUGGGAUCUAGAGCAGUGUUAAUAUCCCCCAUUUUAUCGAUUGGUAAC